AGUAUAUAAAAGCACUUCCAUUCAGUCACUAAGUUCUACUUGAUCUGAAUUCUUCUGAAGGCUGUCCAAAGGUUUCAAGCCUAUAUCGAUCCUUGUGAUCAAUGGGUUCAACGAAACCUUAUUUGGCAGUAAUUUUCAUACAGAUAAUAUAUGCAGGCAUGAUCUUGCUCUCUAAAGCUGCUUUCAAUGGUGGUAUGAACAGCUACGUGUUCGUCUUCUACAGACAAAUGGCAGGAGCUCUGUUCAUGUCCCCUCUUGCCAUGAUCUUUGAAAGGAAAAGUGCAACGCCUCUUUCUGUUGUGACCUUCUGCAAGAUUUUUAUGCUGUCUUUUCUGGGGAUCACUUUGGCCAUAAAUGCUUAUUGCAUUGCCCUUACCUACACAUCAGCGACUUUGGGUGCAGCAUCCAUUAACUGUCUACCUGUUGCAACAUUUUUCUUUGCAGUUUUGCUCAGGAUGGAGAAAGUGAAGAUAAAGACAGCAGCUGGGAUUGCAAAGGUUGCAGGCCUGGGAGUGAGCAUGAUUGGUGUGGCAGUCCUUUGUUUUUACAAGGGACCCCAGUUGAAGCCUUUUUUACAUCAUCACCUCUUGGAGUCUCAUAACAGCCAUCAAGACCAACAACAAGCUCAUGCUUCUUCUUCUGGGCACAGAUGGAUGAUUGGUUGUUUCCUCCUGCUCGUUUCUAUUAUUUGUUGGAGCUUGUGGCUUGUACUUCAGGCUCAACUUCUUGUAAAGUACCCUGCAAAGCUACGCUUCACAAGUCUACAAUGCCUGUCAAGUGCAGCACAGUCAUUUGUUGUUGCCAUCGCUUUGGAAAGAGAUCCUAGUCAGUGGAAUCUGGGCUGGAACGUUAAUUUACUUGCAAUUGCUUAUUGUGGCAUCAUGGUGACCGGCUUUUCAUACUACUUGCAAGCAUAUGUGAUUGAGAAGAAGGGGCCAGUUUUUCAAGCGAUGUCACAGCCAUUAAAUCUCAUCAUCACAGUUAUUGGCUCGGUGUUGCUCUUAGGGGAGGCCAUCAGUUUGGGAAGUGUUUUAGGUGGAAUCCUGUUGGCUGCGAGCCUUUACAGUGUUUUGUGGGGAAAAAGCAAAGAGCAGAAGAGCAUGGAAAAUCGUACUUGCUUAUCAGUUCCAGUUCAACCUGAAAAGGAAAGUGCGCAGCUGAAAGAGGCAGAGGCCACCAUCACUGAACCAACCUUGUUUGUUUAACAUAUAUAACCUAGUUUUGUUCACUUCUUAAAUUAAGAUGCAAUCCAGCUUUUGUAGUUGUCGUAUUGUGUUGCCGAACCCGGUUAACUAAUGGGGAUUAUGGUGGUUGUUUUUUUCUAAAAUAUUUCUGCUAUUGUGUUAUAUAUAGCAUGGUC